AUGCUUAAACUCACAGGGAAAGGGCUCAUGGCUAUUGAGUGGUCCUUAAUUGGCAUCGCUAUCAUUCUUGGCCUCGCACGACUUGAUCUACGAUUCAACCACCACCAACAAGGAUUUAUCCUCAGGGACUUGUUCUAUCUUUUCGCACUGGCGACCGCGAUUACCAACACGGCUAUUGACACGGCCUUAUGGCACCGCGGAAUAGGAGUGUUUGAGGAAGAUGUUGAUUUCGGGGUGGUGCAGUGGAAGGCACCAAGGGACAAUAUUACCGCCGCUUAUAAAAGGCUGAAUGCCGCGACCAACAUUGUCAACUCAUAA